AUGCUAUACUCUAGUCCAGCGGCUACCUCGGAGGACGCUUCGCUGUCGUUCACGCUGGACUCUGGAGCCUUACAUUGCUUCUUUCGUGACAGCACGGCACUUACACCACUUCCUGCGCCUGUUUCUGUGGCGCUGGCUGAUCCCACUUCGGGACCAGUCACUGCGCGUCACACUACCACUUUGCCGUGUCCUGCUGCUCCCUCCGGGUCUCUCACUGGGUUUCACGUCCCCUCGUUCUCCCGGAACUUGGUUGGCGUGCGACCCCUCGUGAGUCAGCACGUGGGUGUGUGGUUUGAGCCUUCUGGAGAGACUGCGGUGUGUGUUGACGGGGACUCUUACCAGCCUCUGGCCACCUUUGCUGCUGAGCCGGGCUCAGGUCUCUACACUCUUCACACUGGCCCGCGUGCGCAGCAGCAGCCGCAGCAGCAGCAGCAGCAGCAGCCGCAGCAGCAGCCGCAGCAGCCCCAGCAGCAGCAGCAGCAGCAGCAGCAGCCGCAGCAGCCGCCGCCGCAGCCGCAGCCGCAGCAGCAGCAGCAGCAGCCGCAGCAGUAG